UCACUCUCCACGCCUGCCUUUAUUUAUUUUUUUAUUUUUCUAAAAACUCGAAGCCAUACCAAAUUUCUCAAUCCCUUUCAAUCGCAUUGAAUUAAUUUCCAUCAAACCCAAAGCCGAAGCCGAAGCCCCAUCAAACAACAAAACCAAAACCACUAUUUAUUCUUUCUUCCUGCGUCGUCCGUCCUCACCAGCCACAAACCACGCCGUCGCCGCCGCCGCCGCCGCCGCCAUGGCUCAGAAGAGAGAGAAAGAAGAGGCCGAGCUCAGGGUCCCCGAUACCCUCGUCUGCAACGCCAAUCCGGUUCCCCCAUCCUCCAAGCUCUCCGGCACCGAAAACCCUCCCACCGCCUCCGGCAGUUCGCCGAGAUCGCCGGAUCUUACGGUGGACGCUACCUCCAUCCGUGCCGCCUCAGGAACCGAUGAUCCGCCGCAGAGAUCGUCGGAUCCGACGGCUUCUGCUUCUGCUUCUGUCUCUCCGCCUCAUCUUUUUCCGGAGAGAUCAUCAGAUCUGGCUUUAUCGUCACCGUCUUCUCCGGCGAAGAAGCUGCAGGUCAACCGAUGCGCUGGCUGUAAGAGGAAGGUCGGUCUCACGGGGUUCCGAUGUCGAUGCGGAGAUCUGUUCUGCUCCGACCACCGCUACUCGGACCGCCACGACUGCACUUUCGAUUACAAGGCUGCCGGGAGGGAAGCCAUCGCCCGCCAAAAUCCGGUGGUUCGACCGGCCAAAAUUCUCAAGGUUUAAAUCGAAGAAACAGAUGAAAAAUUCGAAAAUAUCAAACAUCGGAUUCUCAAUCUGCGUCAGAUGCAUCGGCAACCAUGGAAGAAAGCGGCGGAUCUGGUGGAUUGUUAUUUUAUGGAAAGGCGGUUGAUUGGUGUGGUGGGCUUGGAAGGGGAUAAAGAAGUCGUAAAUUGGGUGAAGGAUUGAGGGUAUUAUUGUGAUUUUAAGUUAUUGCUGUAGUGUGUUUUCAUUUGUAAUAUUUUUCAUUCUACUUAGACUAGUAUGUCGCUUCGCUUCGCUUCAAAGCUAUCUCAAGUAUGAUGAACUCCUCCGAUUCGGAAUCCAUAAAUGGAUCUAUUUAUUUAUUUUCUGAAAAAACAGUGACGUAAUUAUUGUUCCGAGUUAUGAACCCCCCAAAGGAAGCCCACUUGUCAGGUUCUUAUUUGAUGGAAGAGUAGGUGAGAAGCAACGUGAUGUGGGUGGGGUUUGUGCAUCGGCAGAAUGGGCGGUGUGCCAUAAUCAACCGGGGGGUAGUGUAUAAUUCCAUUCUAGAUAUUAGUUCAGUGGCGCUCGUUGAGUUCAAAAAGGGUUUCCAUUGAAGGUCGUCUUGUCCGGUUGCACAGGUUGACAGACGCCUGAAAAUCUACAAAUUUUAGAUUUCAAUUUUUAUUUAAUUUAUUGUUAGUUUGUAUUUGUAUUUAUAUUUGGUGUUUAUGAAUUGUAAUAUAAGUGCUUUAAUGAUUAUAUAUUUAUGUGAUUAA